AAGACUAAAGACUAAGGCAUUGUUUAGAACAAAUUGAAAUGCCACUCCAACUGGUCCGACUGGUCAGACGAGGGGGAGAGAGAGAACGCACGUAGAAAAGGGAGGGAUGAGUGAGAGAGAAAUAUCAAGAGAGAAAUACAGUACACAGACUAGUUGUAGAUGUAUGUAGACGGAGGAAUUAAAAAUAAGGAAACCAGGAAGAGAAACCAGGAAGAGAUGAAUAGGCUGAAGGAUUAAGGUCCCCAUGUAAGUGUUUGAGUGUGUGUCUCAAUGAACAUGCAGGAGACUCACUGAAUGGGAUCGUUUCCAUUUUGGAAAGGACCAUCUCUGACAGCCUGGGAUUCGUCUGCCACCGACAUAGCUCCUCUGGAGAGACUGAUAAACUAGAACCUCACAGACGUUGCUCUUCAUCCGACCACAGCCAUCACAGCUACCAAGUGAAACAUCGGCACAUCCACCUGCCUCUAUACAUCGGCACAUCCACCUGCAUCUAUACAUCGGCACAUCCACCUGCCUCUAUACAUCGGCACAUCCACCUGCAUCUACACGUCGGCACAUCCACCUGCAUCUACACGUCGGCACAUCCACCUGCAUCUACACGUCGGCACAUCCACCUGCAUCUACACGUCGGCACAUCCACCUGCAUCUACACGUCGGCACAUCCACCUGCCUCGAUACAUUGGCACAUCCACCUGCCUCUAUCCACCAUGAGUGACGAGCGGGAGAGACAGGGUGCCGAUGGAGGCCACUCAUCCAAUGUCAAACCCAAACCCAAUGUUAAAAACCCCAUCAAGAAGGAGAAAUCUGCCAACAUCCGUAGGUCCAGGAGCACUGACUCGGAGAGAGGAGAGAGAUCUGGGAGAAGGAGGGAAAAAAAGAGAGACCGAGAAUCCAGGAGAGAACGUGGGAGGAGCGAGGAGAGUCGGGGGCAGCACAGGAAGGAUGCCCCUGACCCGCAUGAGAACGACAUUAAUGAUACGGAGUGUGUGGUGUGUUUCUGCUCUUAUGACAACGUUUUCAAAACCCCGAAGCUGCUUUCCUGCGGCCACACAUUCUGUCUGGAAUGCCUGGCCCGGAUCAACGUGACUUCCCAGGAACUCAAAUUCCUGUCCUGCCCCGUGUGUCGGGAACUCACUGACUUGCCCCACGGCCGCGACCUGCCUCAGCUCAACAACAACAAGGACAUAUUCAGCAAGCUCCCCCCAGAGAUGCAGAGGGCACUGUCCGUGCGCUUCAUGCGCAACAAGGGCAAGUUGGUCCUCAAGAAGCCCCCUCCGGGUACCAGCCCCAAGUCGAGCAUCAACCUGCCCACUCUUAAGAAGCAGAACACACAGCCUUCCAGCAACCCCCAAUUGGGCACCGUGGAGCAGGGCGUAGCCACUGUCGUGGACGUGGGUCGCCCCCCCAGCAGGGUCAGAGGUCGCGUGCACAGGAUGUUCCGCUCUGACCAGUGCUACUACGCCGUGGUGGCGUCCAUCAUCGUGGUCACGGUGGUUCUGAUGCUGGUGGGCAUCCUGGCCUUUGUGAUCAUGCCCAACGUGAACACUGCCAUCAAACCGAAUGAGGGCAAUCCCAACAUGCCUCACUAAGGGGGUCGAUCGGUUGGCCAGGGGGUGGUGGUAUGAGGUGAGGUAAGACCGGAGGGAGGGAGAAUACUUUAGAUGCUUCGGCUAGACAUACAAUGAAAUAGGAAUUUACUGAAAAGGAAGGUAACCCUGAAAGUACAGUCAACUGGGAUCCACAAAUAACUUACUGUGAGGAACUAACUGAAGAAACGUUGGAUUAUGUGGUUUGGCUGGACUGAUGCACAAGCAGGACUUACGGGAAAAGUGAGGCAAUAGUUGUUUUUAUCUAAAUGUUUUUCUUCCUUUCUACACUGUACGCAACAUAAACCUUACGUAUAUAAACUCAAUGUGAACGGGACAGCUAUUGCUUGGAACAGGGAUGGACUAGGACCAGAAAUGGUCCCUGACCUUUCUUAUACACUGGCCCAAUUUGUUGAAAAACUAUAGAAGUUAGACAGGCCUACUUUUAUUAUAAAUGCACUAGCUUAUCUGGCAAUGGCCCAGAAUGCCAAUUCGGCUGAUCAGUUUUUAGUGUAACAGGCUUGUCAAACUGCUUUUGUUUGGCAGAUGACCAGUCAGACCCUGGUGGUGAAUUCAUUUAUAUUCAUUUAUUAAAUGGUGUAAUUGCACUGAUGUGUGCCAAUGAGAAUGAUUACUUUUUAGACUACUUGAUUGUAUUAAGCAUUUUUCUUAUUAUUGCAAAAUAUAAAUGUUCAGCUCAAUAUUUUUUUACAUUAACAAUAACUGAAUUAAAAAUGUAUAGAUUUCUGUACAAAAUGUGAAUAUAUGGAUUUCUUCUCUAAUAUAGAAUAAUGAUACAUUUAUGCAAAUCUUCUUUCCAUCUUCAUAUUCAACCAAGCUGAAGAUGUUUCUUUGCCAUGUAAUAUAUCCUACCACCUAGAAGUACAAGAUUUUACAUUCAGCCCACUGGCAUUACACAUAACAUUAUCCGACAGUAAUAAAUAAAUGUGAUAUUUUGA